AUGAACAUCAACCUACCUCUGCACCAGGUGUCGCCAAGCAGGAGGAACCGCGAUAGCAGGAACUACUUCACCAGCACCAGCGUCUCGACCGUCAAUGCCAACCCCAACGCCACGCAGGCUCCUCCCCCCUUUACCGAAGCCAUCAACGGCCCCGUCAGGGAGCCCGCCAGAGAUAUAGCCCCCGCCAGUGACCGCCUCAUAGUUGGCGUUGACUUUGGAACGACAUUCUCGGGUGUGGCUGCCGUGUACACCUCGACACCAGAUGAUAUCGAGAUCAUCAAGACUUGGCCGGGCGGGAACGGCAUCACCUCGGACAAGGUCCCCACCGAGAUCUCAUACGACCGACCCACCAGCUCGCCGCCCGGCACGGCUCCCACGGUGAAAUGGGGUUUCCAGUUCAAGCCCGAGGAGUCGCGGCUCCGAUGUAUCAAGCUGUUUCUCGACCGCUCCCAGAAGCUGCCCUUCUACGUCAGCCCCCUGGAGACAGCCGCCCAGCUCAGGCAGUUCAACAAGACCGUCAUUGACGCUGUGAGCGACUAUCUGACGCAGAUAUACAAGCACACCAUGGACACGCUGACGCGCCGCUACGGCGAGUCCUUCAUGGCCUCCACAAAGGUAGACUUUGUCCUGACAUGUCCCGCCGUCUGGUCCGAUGCCGCCAAGAACACCACAUUGCAGGCUGCUGAGCGCGCCGGCAUGGGCGCAAAGUCGCAGAUCCAGAUGAUCAGCGAGCCCGAGGCCGCCGCUGUCUACACCCUCAAGGCCAUCCAGCCGAACCACUUGAAGGUCGGCGACAACUUUAUCGUCUGCGACGGCGGUGGAGGUACCGUCGAUCUGAUCGCCUACAAGAUUGUGUCGCUAAGGCCCAUCCGCGUCGAGGAAUCCGCCGUCGGCACUGGCGGCCUUUGCGGAAGUGCAUUCCUCAACUACAGGUUCGAGGAGCACGUCAAGAACCGGCUUGGCCAGACCAGAUUCGACGAGAUGAAGGCCAAGAAGGGCAAGACGUGGCAGAUGGGUUUGCGGUAUUUUGAAGAGUUUGUGAAGCGGAACUUCAACGAGGACGAACACCAAGAAGUCAAUGUCCCAUUUCCCGGCCUCGCAGACGACGAAGAAGUCGGGCUGGACUCUGGGUUCCUCGUCAUGUCGGCGGACCAGAUCAAAGACAUCUUUGAACCCGUGGUCAAGGAGGUUUGCGAUCUCGUUCAGGGGCAGGUGGAGACCCUUCGAGCCAAGGGUGGCGUCGUAUCGGGAAUCAUUUUGGUCGGUGGCUUCGGGCAGAGCGACUACCUGUACCGGCGACUUAAGAGCCACUUUGCCAGCGCGGCGCCGCCGCCCUACACGGAGCGGCCGACGCACUCGAGCGCCUCGCUCGUGCAGGACCACGGCAACGUCGAGGUCAUGCAGCCCGUCUACGCGUGGACAGCCGUCGUCCGUGGUGCCGUCCUCCGCGGCCUCGAGGGCAACAUGGUCAUCUCGCGCAAGGCCCGCAUGCACUACGGUACCUCAUACGCCACCGUCUACGACGAGGAGAAGCACUCGGUCAGCGAGCGCUACUGGUCGCCGCUGUGGGAACGGUGGAUGGUCUCGGACCGCAUGCAGUGGCACAUUGCCAAGGGUGAGGCUCUCUCCCCCUUGAGCCCUAUCGCCUUCCACUACACGCGCAAUUUCCGGCCCGGCCAAUCACUCAUUGUCACCGACGACCUCAUCGCUUGUGAGUCCGACGAACCCCCCAAGGCCUACACGCGCGACCUCGUCCACGUGUGCACCCUCACCACCGACCUCAACGCCGUGCCCGCCGCCCUCUUCACCCGCCUCACCACAACACGCGGCGUCGAGUUUGACAAUCUCGACUUCACCCUCGAGAUGAUUGUCGACAGCGCCGGUCUGGGAUUUGAGCUCAAGGUCGACGGCGUGCGCUACGGCCGUGUGGAUGCAGACUUUCACUGA